AUGCUGGACAGCUUCAAUUUAGAGGGCCCAAAUGGAGCCCAUAAAUGUCUCGUGUUCGAGCUUCUAGGGCCUAGCGUACCUGAUAUAAUCGAUGCGCGCUUUCCAGACGGCAGGCUUCCCGGAAAGCUUGCCAAGGCUAUUGCGAAACAAGCUCUAUUUGGACUUGACACUUUGCACCAGCAGAAGAUUGGACAUGGAGAUCUACACACUCGUAAUUUGGCUUUUGCGGUGCCUCCUAUGGACAAUGUACCUGAGAGCGAAUUUAUUAACAUGCUAGGGAAACCAGAAAUUGGGUAUGUACGAAGGAAGGAUGGAAAAGCCCUAGAACCUGGCAUACCCGAGUAUAUCGUCAGGCCUGCCUUAUACCGGGGAUUUCCAUGGUCGCCAUCCUAUCCCAUCAAGAUUGUCGACUUUGGGGAAUCAUUUUUACAUACCACUCUUCCUAAAACUCUUCACACCCCGCUACCAGUUCGGGCACCUGAAGUUAUUUUUAAAGAUCGCUUGGACUACCGUGUUGAUCUAUGGAGCAUGGGCUGUUUGCUUUUUGAGCUUUUCGUCGGCCAACCACCUUUCGACAGCUUCUUGAUAACGCCUCCAAUCCUUGUCAGUCAAAUGCGAGAGAUGGCAAGUGAUGCUCUACCUAAAAGAUGGGAAGUUUUAUGGAAGUCAAUGGAUGAUAGAGCUACUGCAGAAAGCCCAGGGCCCGCAUUGCAAGAAUGGUUGGAAGAAAUGUAUUUUGAUGGUGAACGUAAUAAAGACUUGACAAAGGAAGACAUACUAAAGCUGGGGCAAAUUAUUGGGAGAUUGCUACGGUUUGACCCAUCUACUAGGCUGUCAGCAUGGGAAAUUUUGGACGACGAUUGGUUUAGAGAAUAA